CGUUUCACAGCUUCAAGUAUGCUACUCAAUUAUUUUAUCAUUGUGCAUUUGACAAACAGACUGUUAACUUUUCAUCCUGCGAAAGUCAAGUCUACAAUACAUUUGAAACUGUUUAGAGUCUUUUCCGAAAAAUUGAGGAGUACCAAAUAGCUAUUGUACUUGAUGCGGAUUGCCCGAUCAACUAUUGAAUGAGAUUACACUCGAUAUUGACUUCACCUGAAUGCAGAUCAGCUUGGACCAGAUAACCUUCGCCACAAUAUGGACUCGAACCCGCUCUUCAAACCUGACAAAACCUGCAAAACCGAAGAGGAAUUUUUCGAUAAGAGAUUCCAUCGAUUAUACGACAGUGACAUCAAUAGUGACUGUGAAUUUCUAGUUGGAAAUGAGAAAAUUGUUUUCAAAGGACAUAAGUUGAUUUUCUCAACAGCCAGUCCAGUUUUCUAUGCUAUAUUCUACGGAAACCUCAAAGAAGACUCAGUGGUGGUGUUGAGUGAUUUGGCACCUGAAGGAUUCAAGAAAAUGAAGCAAUACAUUUAUACAGGUGAAGUGGAAUUCCAAACAUAUAUUCAAAUUAUUUGGACACUUUUCAUUGGUAAGAAGUAUAGUAUACCUACUCUUGUUACGAAGUGUAUGGAGUUCUUGAGGGAUGGAACUGAUACGUAUUGCUUAGAAGCAUUAAGGUUCUACGAAUAUCUUAAUGAUAGGAGUGUAACAGAUUGCAAUCAAUUAUUCCAAAAAAUUGUCGAGGAAAAAACAUUCAACAUUUUAAGUGACGACAGUUUCUUAUCAGCUAAACGCAAAACAGUGGGUUGGAUUUUGAGCUUAGAGUCACUUGCAUUAACCUCCGAACUAGAACUUUUCAACUUUUUCGAGAAAUGGGCUCUUGCUUUAUUUGCUAAAGCCAAACGUAUGAAUAUUUCAUGUGACAGAAUGGGAAAAGUCUACAACCAUCUUAAACAGCACAUCCGUUUCUUGACUAUGACUCCGAAAGAGUUCGCUGAGGCUGCAAAGUCUCCAUUGUUGACCGAGGGAGAGAAAUUGGCCAUUGCUUUGAAUAUCGCGGAGUUAGGUUCUACACCGUAUCCAAAUUACUUGUCAAGUAACACCAGAAAACGUUAUUUCAGAGGGACACCUUUUGCUAGAAAUUUUCGCAAUAUAACAAGCUUACCGAACUUUAUAAAGAUAAUAAUUUAUUUUCUUUUUGUAGUAUAUAGAUUGAUCAGUUCUUAUUGUCUAGUUCAUGAAUAAUACAUAAAUUAUAACAUGAGUUGUUAAGAAUAAUAUAGUAAGUAGUCCAGUCGUGCACGACCAUAUUAUUGAUUUAAUAAAUUUUAUUCUUAUACAGAGUGCCUCACGAAUCAAUUAACAGCCGAAAACUGUACCGUUUUUCAAAAAAAUGUCUUGUAAAAUCUUCUUAUAUCGACCUUAGUUCUCCAGAUAUAUCGAUUAUUCGAUAUUUUUGAAAAACGUCAACAACUUACUAGAAAACUACGAGUGAAGAUCUAAUUUUGAGGAUAUGGUUGGAAAGAAGAAGACAUUUUCAAUAAGAUUCAUAUAAUUUGUCAAAGUUCAAAAAAGCACAUUCGUCGAGUUCAAAGCUAAAUUCCAAACAGUUCAAACGCUCAUAAAAAUUCAAAAACGUCAAACAGAGGAGCAAAUUAGAUGAUGAAUCUUCUUGAAGAUGUCUCCGUCUUUCCAACCAUAUAUCCUCAAAAUUAGAUUUGUUAAAGAUUUAUAACAUAUAUAGAAAAAUAAGAUUUUGAGGAUGGACUUUGAUUUAUAGAUAAGUAGUUUGUGUGCUCUUACAGGUCACUGUUAACUUUUCAGUCGAAAAUGUCCAGCUAAAGGUAACGUUAGUGGCUGACCUCUGAGGAAAAUCCGAGUAAAAUACAAGUCGUAAGUGCAGGCAGACUAGCUGAGACAAACGAGUAUCCAUUCGUUAGACAAUAAUCCGUACAAAAUUACUUCUGAAUAGAUUAGAAAUAGUCCUUAUUCAUCAGAUGUAGGUAAGAAAUAAGCAACAAUACGUGUUCAUUGUGAGCAUGAAGGAAGAAGAAGAUGUUGCCCACUUCAUUGGCAGGAGCCCGGUUCUCGGGGAGUACAGGCGACGGUUCUUAGGCAGGAAUCUGCUCUCAUGGCCAAAAAUGAAAGAUCUUCUGAAUGGUGAGAAUUGGCAGUGUGUUGGUGCAUAUUGCUCUGAUGCAUGGAGAUAUAGAUACUAUCUAACAGCUCAAUUCAACCACUGAUAGUAAUGUUCGCACUUUGAACACUAUUGCACUGUCUCUGGAUGAUCGGAACUGUAUCAAAGUAUAUUUAUAUGGAACAUUGUCAAUAAUAACAAAUUUCUCAACUCACCCUGAUGGUCAUUGACCAAGGGUUAAAUGCUUACAUGGAUUGGAAUUUAUCAAUUUGUAAUGUGUAUUAUUCUAGAUUGAUAAAUAAAAGCUAUUCUAUUCUAUUAUUCUAUAUUCAUAUGUAAGAAAUACAUUGGAACAGUGUCAAUAAAUUGAAUAUAUAUAGAUAUAAAUAACUAGGCUAGCCUAGUAUAGACAAAAAAGUUUAUCAGAGAUUGACAAUGAUGUAAUAACCGAAACCGGUCUUUCUA